AUUCCAUCAUCUAAACUUGUAUUAGUGAUAACAUAGAAAGAAGAUGACACAUUGGGCAACUGUCUUUGCAAUUUUUGGACUUUGUUUCUCUAAUUCAAAAUGUCUAUACGUGGAUAUGACCUAUGAUUGGUUUGCUGGACUUCCGCAGUACCCCGGACAUAACCCAUUCAAACUAAAGCUAGUGCACAAAGGGCCUUUUCUGGGAAGCCCCUUCUACAUCCUCAAUGACAUCGAGAUGCCUGAACAUACCGGUACACACAUAGACGCUCCGUAUCACUUCAACGAAUCAGGAUGGCGAGUGAACGAGAUUCCGUUAGAUCAUCUAGUUGGUCCAGCUGUAGUACUUGAUAUUCGUGAAAAGAUGAGUAAAGUACCAUCCGGUAAGGAGCCAAAUGCCGAUGUCGUUGACGCUGAGACCUGGGAGAGCAAAUAUGGUAGAAUCCCAAAUGGGGCGAUCGUUAUCAUGAACUCGGGUAAUGGUAAAAACUGGCCGAAUGUAACAGCGUAUAGUGGUGCCAAAGACCCAAAUAAUAGUUCGAUUUUACGAUUCCCGGGAUUCAGUCUUGAGUUGGCAGAAUGGCUUGUCAAAAAUCGUACGAUCAUUGGUAUAGCCACGGAUGCAUUGAGUUUUGAGCCCCAUCCAGUGAUCACCGGAAUCCCUGUACACAAUCUUUUCGCCUCACAUAACGUCUGGGGCGUGGAAAACCUUGCCAAUAUUGACCAGAUUCCUGAAAAUGGGGCCAAUGUGUAUGUGAUGCCAUUGAGGAUCCGCGGUGGGUCAGGGAGUCCAGCCAGGGUCUUUGCAAAAUGGAACAAGAGAAAACUAGAAAAAAGUAGAAAAGACUAGUCUCUAAAGACAAUUAGAUCCGAUACUUUCUAUAGAUGUGCAUCAAAACAAAAUAACUGAAAAUAAAACCAAA